CAUCGUCAGCAUGUUAAGCAGCAAUUUUCCGAUCUUGGCAAUACUUUGCACCAUACUGGCCUUGGUCAAUAGCGAACGUAAACCACUUAUUCAUUACGGCCGCUGUAAGGUGCAGGGCAAAAUUGGCUACUGUCUAAAUCCACAGCAAUGUUGGGAAAAAUCUGUAAACUUUACCAUGGGCAACCGUACUCUCUGUCCAAACCAAGGGCAGAAUAAUUUGGUUUGCUGUCGUAAAAAUCCUGUGGAACGAUUCACAACUCCACAGACCGUCGUUUUACCCCAGCCAGGAGUUUGUGGUAUCGAUGCCAAUGGCAUUGCAGAUCGAGUUAUAGCCGGCACAGUGUCGGGCAUCAUGGAAUAUCCAUGGAUGGCUUUGCUCCGCUACACAAGUGAUGGCGAGGAAUACAGCCAUUUGUGUGGAGGCUCACUCAUCCAUGAGCGUUGGGUUUUGACAGCGGCGCAUUGUGUUCCUGCCAGGGAUGCGGACCAACAGUUGAAGCAGGUUCGCCUUGGCGAGUGGAAUACAACAAGUUCGCCAGAUUGCCAGCAGUUCAGAACAGAUCGUCAAUGUGCUCCACCUCACAUAGAUGUCGAUAUUGAACGCAUCAUAGUACACGAGCUGUAUACACCUUUAAACAAUUAUGCAAAUGACAUUGCAUUAAUCCGGCUCAAUCGGACAGUGGUCUUCACUAAUUUUAUUACGCCCAUUUGUCUGCCAGCAGCAACUAAUAAUGAAGAGUAUGCCUAUGACACAUAUGCCAUGGAAAUUGCCGGUUGGGGCAAUACGGAGCAACGGACCUUCGGAGGCAAUACGAUUAAAUUGAAGGCCGUACUUAACGUAGUGUCCAUAGCGAAUUGCCGCCAGAUCUAUGCCCAGCUUGUGUCCGGUCAAAUGUGUGCUGGCGGCGAUACUUCAGCGGGCACCUGCCGUGGCGACUCCGGUGGCCCACUGAUGUUCCUGGAUACUAUGAGCACCAGCCGCUACUAUGUAGCUGCUGGCAUUAUAUCUCUUGGGUCGUCCAGUUGUAAUAAUAGAGGAAGACCAAUGAUUUUCACCAGGGUCGAACACUACGUAAAUUGGAUAAUUGGCGCCAUGAGCAUCAAUUCUUAAGCCAACAUUGCUGCCAGACAUUUAACGGCUAAAUUAGCCAAUUUUGUAAUUGAUGUUAUUUUUAUGAAUCGAGUGAAAUAAAUCGAUGAUCAACCGAAAAAUUGCUGAAAUUGCUAUGCAAAUAGCUAAAAUACUAGCCAACUGUGUGCGGCCACACUGAUAAAAGAAAAUUUUAGUUAAUGCUAAUUUGAAAAUGCUAUUGCAUUGCAAUAAAUUAAUAAUUUGAUGAAAACAUUUUUAUGAAGGUUUGAUGUUCGUCGCCGUAAGGGAAGAGAACUUACAAGUUUAAUACUAAAAAAAAUUAUUAAAAAAAUUCACAAAA